AUCCUUUGUUGUCGGUAGCAACCGUUGUCAUGGCGACGCUGAUCAGGAAACGGCAGAUUUCGAACGCCCCUCAGGGCUUUUUUGGCGGGAAACGAAGAGAGGGCUGCGGUUGUUUUCUUUCUGUCAUGUGAUCGUAACGUAAAACCCCUAACCGGAAAACACCGACGACCCUCUCCGCCGCCAACGACUGCUGAGGAGCAGUAGACGCUGCCGCGAGCUCAGAGCGGACGCUCCAGUCCCCGGUGACAAACAACAACAACGGCGGCCCCGCAGACUCCACCGACGCCCCACAGCCACCAGGUCGAAGAAUGGAGCUGGCCAACCAUGGUCUUAUCCUGCUGCAGCAGCUGAACUCUCAGAGGGAGUUUGGCUUCCUGUGCGACUGCACCGUGGCCAUCGGGGACGUCUUCUUCAAAGCCCACAAGGCCGUCCUGGCCGCCUUCUCCAACUACUUCAGGAUGCUCUUCAUCCACCAAGACAGCGACUGUGUGCGUCUGAAGGCAGCAGACAUCCAGCCGGAUAUCUUCAGCUACCUCCUCAACCUGAUGUACACGGGCAAACUGGCCCCUCAGCUGAUAGACCCUGCACGACUGGAGCAGGGGGUGCGCUUCCUCCACGCCUACCCGCUGCUGCAGGAGGCCAGCCAGACCCUCUACGCACACCCUGACCAGAGCGUCAACCUCUCCACCUCCCUCUACGGCAUCCAAAUCUCCGACCAGCAGGUGGCCAUGUCCGCGCGCCUGGCCUCCCAGCUGUCCUCACCGGUGGACAUGGAGCAACUGGCGGUGGACGGCCAGCGCCCAUCCUCGCCCGCCACCUCACAGUCCAAAGCAGCUGCCUCGCCUCCAAAUGGCGACGCGUCGACCAGCGGCCUGACGAGUGAGGACGGGGCGGCGGACCUCGCCGGUGCGGACGGAGCGGCUGCCAACGCCAUCCUCCACGUGAAGCCCAGCAUCAUGAAGAGAACCUCCUCCUUCAGGAAGCACUACUCCUGCCACCUGUGCCGGAGCCGGUUCACGCAGAGGAGCCUACUGAGAGAGCACCUUCUCCAGCACACGCAGCAGGCCGCGCUGGACACCAGCAGCGCGCUGUCCCCGGUCGUGGCCCGUGACCUGUCCGAGGUGGAGGGGAUCCUCAAGGCCGCCAAGGCGUCCGCUCCCGCCUCGGCUCUGGAGAUCAUCAGCGACAGCGAGAAAACGCCCGCUUCAGGCACCACCUCCCCGCACGCUGACCUGCAGGCCUCCAACUGGGGCGCAGGCAGGGCCAACUCGCAGGCCGACACGCCGCCCCCCUCGGACAUCGCGGACAUCGACAACCUGGAGAGCGCCGACCUGGACCGUGAGGCCAAGCGGCGGAAGUACGAGUGCGACAUCUGCGGCCGCAAGUUCAUCCAGAGGAGCCACUGGCGCGAGCACACCUACAUCCACACAGGCAAACCCUUCAAGUGCAGCGCCUGCGGGAAGAGCUUCUGCCGCGCCAACCAGGCGGCGCGACACGUGUGUCUGAACCAGGGCGCCGACGCCUACACCAUGGUGGACCGGCAGAGCAUGGAGCUAUGCGCGGCGGGCGACGACAGCAGCCAGAUGGAGGUGAUGUUCAUGGCCUCGUCCAAGCCGUACAAGUGCAACAUCUGUGCCACCACCUUCUCCAGCCCCAAUGAGGUCAUCAAGCACCUCUGCUUCACCCAGGGGGGGUUUUCGGGACUGCAGGGCAGCGCGGGCGCCGCGUCACAGCGCGAGGAUGUUUCCAAAGACGAAGGCUCCGACUUGUCCAACUCUGGCACUGCACUCGAGUCCAUAAAAACUGAAGAGCUGCUUGCUGAGUAGCGCCAAUAUAAACUUUUGUGUUCUCUAAGUUAUGGUUGAUAGUUAAGCUAAGGACAAUAGUCAGGGUUUGGACGGUUAGCAGCAACAUUGUGAGCACCUGUCGGGUGGAAACUGCCCCUCUUGCAUGGCUUUCCUGGUCCUAGACGCUAGCUCUCCCAUGGAAAACCAGACGGAAGAGUUUCUCCUUGGAGUUGCAUCACGAUUGGCGCUCCACUGUGACGGCCCACGUCUUCUCACCGGUGCAGUGGCCUGACAGAGACACAUCGAGCAGGUGGUUAUAAUGUUAAGGCCGCUUGGUCCACAAGUGUAGAAUAGGCGCUAGAGCAACGAGGAAGGGGAGAAGUGGCAAACAAAAGACUCUUGAGCAACAAUUGUGGUCAAGACAGACACAGUUUCAAACAGGAAGAGAAAACAGUCGCUCAAGCUAAAAAACAAAAAUCACGUCAGAGGUCGAGCAACUUUAUUUAUUUCCGCCUCAAAUAGAAUUCAAGACAAUCUCUGCUUUGAGGAGAAAACACUUAGCCGUGACUUUAAUCGGGUGUGGUGAUCCUGACCAGAGCUCUGCCAUCCUCAUUAUUUUUGUAUUGACUUGUGUCUUACUCAAAGUGUUCCAUCCAAAACUCACCGACAUUUUCUCGCUCUUCCUAAAAAUCAAGCGGUUCUAUUUUUAAUACUUCACUAGCGAGCCCCACAUGUGUAUAGAUAAUUUAAUACACCCCUCUAUAUAUGUAUUUAAAAUUCUAACCUCAAUAAUUUAGCUUCUUGUUCCAAUAAAACAAAAGGAAAUUAACUUUUUAUAGAAGGUAUUUUAAUGUUUGUAAGCUUAGGUGCUGUGGGUGAUAGAAUUUCAAUUCUGACGUGUACAGACUUGAAUCUGAAGUGUUUAAGGGCAGGUUCGGUGUCGCUCUGAAGUACCAGGUGUAGUCUUACUUUUAGUUAGAAGGGCCUCGAAUUGACUUCAGGUUUUGGGAAAUUGAAAAAAUCUAAAUCAAGUUAAUGUGUCCUCAAAUGUUUUAUUUUGAAUUCAACAGUUAUAGUUCAAGAGGUGGAGCAUUAUAGCGUUUUAAAAUAGCUACUCUUAGGUGAACUCCGACUGAUAUCUUGUUGCCGAAAUGCUGAACUACUGACUGUUUUACUUCUCAAAACUAAGACACGAUUUCAGUCUUCCAUCGUUUCCGUUUCCGUCACUCCACCACAAAUGUUUGAAAUGUUGAAUUUUCUCAGGAAGACAAACGUCUCCCAAAGUCUUGAAUCAGAGCAGAAUCAAAUGACUUGAUCAACCAAUAGUCACACGUCUACUGUGAUCGACUUGUGUUCUCAGGAAUGUGAGGAAUCUUCUCAAGAUUUUUUUUAAAGUGAAGAAAGAACAAUAAACUGCUUUUU